GCUGGUGUUGAAAAGGGUCGAAACAAACACAACCCAUUGUGGUUGAAGAGGAGUGAGCAGCUGCUGGGGGGAAGACGAGAAGACGAGAAGAGGCAUUUCUGUGACCACAAAAGGGACCGUCAAUAGGCCGAACAGACAUGUGUUUUAAUUCACCACAGAGACCAUGUUUCCCAUCGUGAAGAAGGACCGCGGCGCCCAGUCGGAAAGCUCCGGGAGACGAAGAGUUAAGACCCCACAUCUCAACUGUUUAUUUCAACAGCUAACAGGCUAGCAGCCGUGUAUGUGGACGGGACCCAGAGCCCGGGGAGCGGGUCCGAGUCCGGCGGCGAGCCGCCUUUGAAGAAGUGCUUUGAAGGAGCCGCGCUGCGGGCACGCGCGCGGCGGCGCCGAUUGAAAGUCGCCUCGAAGCCGCAACUUUAAAGACUCGCAUCGACCCCCGCGCUAAGAGCUUCACCACCACGCGAAGAGAACAAGAAAAGUCCUGCAGGACUGCUGGCUCAAGUUUGCACCACACACCACGAGGAAACAUGCUGCACUGGCCGCUGCCAGAGACUGGCACAGGGCAGCUGUGCCAAUCAUACCCCUGCCUUUAGAAGCUCCCGCUUUUCACCAUGACGGAGAGGCAUUGAGGUUAACUCCCCGACGGCCAUCUCAAUACCUCUCCUCUCCCCUAUCCCUCAGUAUCCCCCGUCCCUGCUCAUCCCCAUCAUGCUGCGCUUCCUGCCCCUCAAGCUCGGCCGCCUGUACCGUUGUCUGAAGCUCCUAUUGGUGGUGGGAUUGUUCGUCAUCUUGUUGAUGAACACUCACAACCUUUUCGCCUCCUUCCAGAAGAACGAGCUCACCGACAGGCGGUUUAUUAACCUCAACAAGUGUCCCGCCUGCUUUGGCACCAGCUGGUGCCGCAAGUUCAUGAACGGCCAGGUUUCCUUCGAGACCUGGGGUCGACUGCGAUUUCUCGACGUUUUCAAUGUCAAGAACGUUUACUUCGCGCAGUACGGGGAGCCCAGGGAGGGCACUCGGCGCGUGGUGCUCAAGCGGCUCGGCUCCAACCAGGAGUUGGCUGAGAUAGACCAGAAAAUCUGCAAGAGGGCCACAGGCAGGCCGCGCUGUGACAUUAUCCAGGCCAUGUACAAGACUGAAUUUGCCCGGAUCAACGGGGACGUUCGGCUGCUUACUCCAGAGGUGGUGGAGGGCUGGUCGGACCUUGUGCACUGCCCCUCACAGAGGCUGCUGGACCGUGUGGUCCGCAGGUAUGCUGAGACCAAGGACUCUGGCAGCUUCCUGUUAAAAAACUUGAAGGACACAGAGAGGAUGCAGCUGCUCAUGACUUUGGCAUUCAACCCAGAACCUCUUGUACUACAGAGCUUUCCCUCGGAUGAAGGGUGGCCCUUUGCCAAGUACCUGGGAGCAUGUGGCCGGAUGGUAGCCGUCAACUACGUGGGCGAGGAGCUGUGGAACUUCUACAACGCACCGUGGGAGAAGCGGGUUGACCUGGCGCGGCAGCUGAUGGACAUUGCCGAGCAGCUCACCAACAAUGACUUUGACUUCGCGCUGUACCUGCUCGAUGUCAGCUUUGAUAACUUUGCCGUUGGCCCGCGUGACGGAAAGGUCAUCGUCGUGGACGCCGAGAACGUUCUCGUGGCCGACAAAAGGCUAAUCAAGCAGAACAAACCGGAGAACUUCGACGCGUGGUACGAGAGCCGCUUCGAGGAGUGCGACAGGGAGGCCUGCCUGUCUUUUUCCAAGGACUCUCUUUGUUCCCGGGUCACCGUGGACCACAACUAUUACGCCGUGUGCCAGAACCUGCUGUCGCGGUACGCCACGUGGCGGGGCACGACAGGGGGGCUCCUCCACGACCCGCCCGCCCACAUAGCCAAAGACGGCCGCCUCGAGGCUCUGCUGGACGAGUGCACCAGACCGAAAAAACGCUACGGGCGCUUUCAGGCGGCCCGGGAACUGCGCGAAUACCUCACACAGCUGACUGCCGCCUCCUCCGCAGCCAGGUAAUGAACGGAGACGGCGUUGGCCCGACGCACUGAGACUGGAUUUUGUACUCUUUAUCUCUGGACUCUCGAGAUCCCGAUUCUUGUACAUGAUGUCAUCCGUUCCUUUGUGCAUUGGAGCAGGAAGGUGUUAGGGCUUACAUCAGGAAGUGUAACAAUCACAGCUGAAAGCAGAUUUGUUAAAGCCCGAAGCUUUUACCUUGACUCCUUGUAUAAGAGGAACGCCGCGCUACAAAGUUCUUGUUAGAGCCAGGAAAGAGAGGGGAUGGAGGUAGCCUCUCCCCUCCCAGGGUGAGCUGCCACCUCCGCGGGAGGGAGCGGGAUCAGAAAGGGCUCUGGUAAAUCCCUCACUGGACCCAGGCGAUUGCAAACCAGAGCGUCGGAGCAGUGGCAGCAGCUCCAUCACGCGGCCCUCGCCACAGCCAUGCUUCUGCCCAUUCCUGUCACAACCGUUGUUUUAUAUCAUUGAACAUUGACACUCGUUUCGAUUUACCUCCAGUUUUUUGUUGUAGUUUCUGUUUUUUGGUUUGAGGAUCUUAAUUUAAGUCAGUUGGCACAUGUAAUUUUUGUUUUUUUUCUUCUUUUUUUGCUGUGCCAUGGCUUUCUCUGUUUUUGUAGCGUUGCUGCCUGGAAGGUGAAGGUAGCAUAAAUCUCCUGCUGUCUGGCAGCAGGAAGAGCCAGCUGCAGCAGGUAGAGAGGAAAGGAGGAGGCUUUGGGUUUGGGGUUUCACACAGGAAAAAAGGAAACCUCAGUCAGCUGUAUAAUUUCCAGUCUGUCACUCAGUUUCAGGAUUGAUAGGUUUGUUUGUUUUGUUGUUGUUGUUUCUUCUUUCAAUAGGAAUCGGAGAGGCUAAGACAGCUGCUAAUAGGAAAAGGAAGUGACAAUUGGACUUUGGCGGUCCCUUUAUGCAGAUGUGCCUAUACCAAAGAGGCUGUUUGUAAUAAGACGGUACCGAGAACGCACCUGCGUCUCUAGUUUUUCACAACUAGAGUUGGACAAAAGAACACAGUUAAAACAUGAGCGGACGAGCCUGAAUACUCGUAUUCUCUCCCCAAAGAACUGAAUCUGAAACAAAUAUGGGCCAUGGUGGUUUUACCCCUUCUGCUUUGUCAGCCACCAAAAGAAUUGCUAAAAGAUUGGUUAAACGUGUUUUCCUUCAACAGGGUUAAAAAAGACUUUGGAGAAAAUUAAGCAGGAGAUGUGGUGCACAGGAUAAAACCCCUUUGUUCAGCCCCUCCAGCAGCCGAUUCUCUGUAAAUGUCUGUAAUUGAUGAAUAAAUCCUGUUGUCACACUUCCCCCACUCCAGCUGAAUGCAAUAAGCUCUGUCGAGUCAGUGGUAGAAAGGGAACGAAAAUAUCUUGAAUUUGUAGUUUUUUUUUUUUAUUAAUCCAGAAGCAGCUCCUGACCAGCACUUUUUAUUUUUCUCUUCAGUCCAGGAAUUUCUGUUAAACGUGACUUCACUUUGCACCAUGAAAAAGAUGAUCUUUACUCUAAGUUGAUCAACAAGUGAAACUGCGAAUGCAGGUUCAUUUUGGUCGUGAGACGUAUGAGACGUUCCUCACGUAACUUGAAAACAAAACCCCGUCUCUGGCUCCACGUGUUUUUCUAAGUCAGUUGUUUUGAUGCCAUCGGGAGUGUUGUGUAGCGGGGACAAGCCAAUAAUCAAUCGAACAUGAGCCACUCCAUCGUUGGGAAAUCUGGAAAGCACAUUAUGUUGCUAUUUUUUGUUUUCUUUCUACCUUUUUCCUCGACCUGCAGGCUACUGCAGAUGUGACCCUUGCCAGCUAGAUAAAAAAAAAAGCAAUAAAAUCAAGUUUGGCGAAUGGAUUUGUGAUUUUUGAACCCCCUUCUUCAUUUGCCAUCGCUCCAAUGAGGAGCGUGGUCAUCCCAGAUGGAUUUGUUCAUGUGUAACUAACUGUCCACUUUUGUACUGUAAUUUUCUUUUUCCAGUUUAAUAUCAGCGUUGUCUGAUGUUUUUUUUUUUUUUGUUUUGUUUUUUUUUCUCCUGUGCCUUUGAUUCAAAAGUUGUAUUUACAACUUUUAGUGGGUUUAAAUAUUAAAUAAAUGAAGAUAUAAAUAAAUAUA